GGAGCUGCGAGUUUAGAUUUAGAUUUUUGGUUAAAUUCCUCAAACAAAAUCAAUUAAAGUCGGUACUUUUUCGUUCGUAAUCUGGCGCUUCAACGAUGCUGAUGUUUUGUCCGACUUGCGGCAAUCUGCUCCUGGUGGAAGAAGGUACCGAUUCGCUGCGAUUCUCCUGCAACACCUGCCCGUACAUCUGCAAGAUAAAGCGCAAGAUAUCGACCCGAAUCUAUCCGAAGUUGAAGGAAGUUGAUCAUGUUAUGGGCGGUUCGGCUGCCUGGGAGAACGUAGACUCAACCGAUGCUGAUUGCCCUGCUUGUGCCCACAACCGAGCGUAUUUUAUGCAAAUGCAAACCCGCUCCGCCGAUGAGCCUAUGACAACGUUCUACAAGUGCUGUAAUCCAACCUGUGGUCACAACUGGAGGGAAUAAUUUCGG